GCAGGUCGGACACUGACAAGACGUUUUUAUAUGAAUUAUAUGUUAUAUAAAAAACAAACAAACAAAAAAACUUUUGAAUAACUACACUUUCCAUUCGACGCGAUUUAAUCGAACAAUGGAAUAAAACACUCAACACCUGAGAACACCAGCACAUCUUGCAUUUGGUUCAGUGAACAACAAAGGCUGCUGGGAUGGAUGAUAUCUACACUUUGCAACAAGAAGUGGGACGAGGCAGCUAUGGAGUGGUCUUCAAGGGACACGUGACAGAGACUGGCUGGUGGGGCGAUAGGGGUGACACAGUGGCCAUUAAACGUCUACCAUGCUGUAGCCCAGAGAGUAUAGAGCUGUAUUUGCAGGAGCUCUGGGCUAUGAGAAUCACUGCACAGAACCACCCCAAUGUCAUCUCGCUAUACAACUGCCUUCUAGAGACUGGACCUAGAACACUACAGCCCCUGAGAUCAGGGAGGCUGCCUUUGGAUUUGGUGGAGAGUGUUCUCAAAGGGAGAGUGGUGGACGAAGACUCAAAAACCCAAAUGAGGAAUCCUUCCAGGUCAAAGAGGAGACUGAUGUCCACAGAGGAGGUUCCCAGGCGCUGCUUUGCCUUUUGGUUGGUGAUGGAGUACUGCGACGGAGGGGAUUUAAACCAGUACAUUCUGUCCAGGCCACCGGAUGCUGAGUGCAACCGUGCAGUGCUUGAGCAGCUCAGCAGUGCCAUUACAUUCCUGCACGGCUGUGGAGUAGUGCACCGUGAUAUAAAGCCAGAUAAUGUUCUUGUCCGUCUUACUAAAGCAGGACCGGUCAUGAAGGUGGCAGACUUCGGCCUCAGUAAGAUGGUGGACAAUCCUACAGAUGGCGUCCAGAAUAGACUGGCUCUUUCCUCUACAUGCGGCUCAGACUUCUAUAUGGCUCCAGAAGUUUGGGCAGGCCGUAGUUAUACAGCCCAGGCUGACAUCUUCUCUGUGGGUGUUCUUUUCUGGGCUGUGCUGGAUAGAAUCAUUUUCCUAGAGGAUGGCACCAAUCAAGAACAACUGGGUGCAUAUGUAAUGCGAGGCCGCUGGCUCACCCCGUUAGGUGAAGCGCUGAGUCAGAAUCCAGACCUGCAGUUGACCAUCCCUAUGAGGUCAAGACGUGCUCCACCACUGCCGCCACCUCUAAACCACGCUAUGUGCGAGCUACUGCUGGACAUGCUAGAUUCUGACCCUGACACCCGGCCCACUGCUGACCAGCUGGAGAAGAGGGUCCGGCGAGCCAUAGAGCUGCACUGACCUACUGAUCUCAGAGCAGCAUGCUAACAACCAGCCUACUUUGUACACUGAAAAACUUGAAUAUGAAGCCAAUAAAAGUUAUCGAACAGCA